AUGGUGACUCCGUGGAAGACACGUUCGAGAGUGCCGGAGAACGCUACCCUCCACGACCCCAGAAAACUUGCGCCCGAGGUUGUCAAGCUCAACGACAACGCUUGGUGUCAGAUUGUCGAAGCGUUUCUGUCUUCGUGUAUCAAGCUGCAUGAUGGUGAAACAGACUUUGGAAUCAACAACAUUGAGGCUCAGUCAAUCGAUCCCCGAUUUCUGCCCCAAGUGUCUGUCGGCAGUCGCGUCGAACAUGUCAGCGCGAAGUGUGACUUUGCACUUGCCAUGGUUGAUAAGAAUGGCUAUGGCGACAUGAAGCUAUGCCAAAUGGCCGAUGCCUACACUUCCACCUUGUGCUUGCCAUGUCCGAUCGUAGUCAAGCGACAUGGCGGCAAUGCCGAGGAAGUAGAGCUUCAACUGAUGAUCUGGCUAGCAUCUGCGCUCGCACAUAUGGAGUACCUCAGAGGGCUCGCUCGAGAGCCAAAGAGGCCAGUUCCUCCUGUCGUUGGCUGGACAGUCAUUGGGCACACCUGGAGUUUUUACAUCGCUUGGAGCUUUCGCUCUGACGUCACCGUCAUGGGACCGUUCAAUCCUGGCAAUGCUGGUACUACUGACGUGCUGUCGAUAUACGUGUUGACUUCACUCUGGAAGAGGUUAUUUGAGUGGAUCCAAGAGGUGUAUUAUCCAGCCUACAACGAACUUCUUCAGGGGGCAAUCGACGCUCUCGAAGAAGAUGACCGAACACCAGGUCCUUUGCCAGCCGAAGACAAGGAUUAA